CAAACACAAAGAAGCAACAGCAUCCUUUCCGUUGUAUGUUACUGUAGGUUUCUUGCAACCGACCAAAGUAGAGAUAGAAGAAAAAUAUUAGCCACAGCGACGACAUCGUACACGAUAUGAUCCUUCCAACGACAAUGUUUGCCGUCGCGGUGAUUGCCGGGUGUCGGCAAAGCGUCGACGCAUUUUCAACGGUGCGAAGAAGCGUGGAUCAUGUUGGGAAUACGUUACAACCACGAACGGCACCGGUGACAUUGUUCGGAAUCCUCGAUGAUUUGAUGGAAGAAGAAAAUUCAUGCGAGGAGGAAGAAGGCAAGAACGAUGACGAUGAACGGCUGGAAAGAUUGUACCAUUCGCUUAUAUUUUCUGGUGAUGUGAAAUCGGAGAUUUCGAGGAGGUUGGAAGCGUGUACCGAUCCAGGUUUCUCGGAAUACCUCGUCGCUUCGUCGAAAUCAACAAGAGACAGGGACGAACAACAAGGCCUCGAAGAACUGAUCGGGCUGAUCGAGGAAGUCAAGACAACGGCAGCAAUGGAAGCCGCUGCCGAAAAGGAAGCCGCGCUCGCCAAGGCAGAAAAAGACAAAGAGCUUCGGACGGAGGCAGAGGCACAAACGGCAAUAAAUGCCAGCGAGAGCAAAAAACUGACGAACGCCGACCUGUUGAAGAAAGCAAACCAAAUCGAUGCAGCCAUUGCCUUGUCCGAUGACGAGAAACCAUCCGAUUUCAUCUCUGAUUGCAGAGAAGUCGUAAAUCUCUCGAGAGGAUUCAACGAUUCGGGCCAGAUGAGAGUCGGCGGGGGCUAGAGAGAAGACUUUCUCCGAUACACACAUAACGUAGCACUGCACCCAUCCUCAAAAACUCUUCGGCUAGUGAUGCUCUGGCCGCGACUCUCUCGCUUUAUGAUGAAAAGCACCAACGAAGGUGAUACGUUUUGUCCUCUCCUAGUAAGAUGCAUGCUGUUCUACGACAUAAGCCACGCAACCUACAUUUCUCGACAAUAAAAGCCUUGCUUUAUAAAAGAAACGUCAAUGA